AUGGCGGAUCUUUGGGGCCCUGCUCCUGAACCGACUACCGGGUUGGGACGUUACCGCAUUCUCUCUUCUACGGCCGGAAUUCGCGUCUCACCUCUUCAGCUCGGAGCUAUGUCCAUCGGCGAUGCGUGGUCGAGUGCAAUGGGUUCUUUCAGCAAGGAGGAGGCUUUCAAACUUCUCGACGCAUUCCAUGAAGCCGGCGGAAAUUUCAUUGACACGGCGAACAAUUACCAGGACGAGCAGUCAGAGGUUUGGAUUGGAGAAUGGAUGGCCCAGCGCAAGAAUCGCGAUCAAUUGGUGAUUUCUACCAAAUUCACCACAGACUAUCAGUCAUACAAGCUCGGCAAGGGAAAUGCCCCAAACCAUUGCGGAAACCACAAGCGAAGCCUUCAUAUGAGUAUUCGGGAUUCAUUGAAGAAGCUGCAAACCGACUGGGUUGACAUUCUGUAUCUCCAUUGGUGGGAUCAAACAACGUCAAUCGAAGAGGUUAUGGACAGUCUUCAUAUCCUAGUGGAACAGGGUAAGGUACUCUACUUGGGUAUCUCGGACACCCCAGCGUGGGUUGUGGCGGCGGCAAACUCAUAUGCCCGAGCCCACGGAAAGACCCCCUUCAGCAUCUACCAAGGUAGAUGGAAUGUCAUGCUCCGUGAUUUUGAACGGGAGAUCAUCCCCAUGGCGCGCCACUUUGGAAUGGCACUUGCCCCCUGGGAUGUUAUGGGCGGAGGAAAAUUCAAAACAACAGAGGAAAUUGAACAACGGAAAGCUCAAGGGCAGGGUCUCCGUAGCAUAUUGAAUUCGGAACAAACCGAAGAAGAAGCCGCAAUGAGUGCUGCACUUUUUAAGGUGGCCAAAGAGCAUGGGAUCAAAUCCCUCACCGCGGUUGCCCUUGCAUAUGUGAUGGCGAAAGCACCAAAUGUAUUCCCUCUUGUUGGUGGCCGCAAGGUCGAGCAUCUCAAGGACAACAUCGAGGCUCUCAAUAUUCGGUUGACAGCGGAACAAAUCGCAUAUCUUGAGAGCCAAAAGCCGUUUGACGUUGGCUUCCCUAGCAACUUCAUCGGCCCGGAUCCCAAGGUGACUGGGAAAGCGUCCUUCCUGUUGGCUGCCAACGCCCCGUACUCGUUUGUGAAGGCCCCCAAAUCUAUCACCAGCCCUGAAUAG